ACCAAGAGCAUAUGAAUAAGACAUUGAUUUAUUUGGUCAUAACUCGAAGACACAAAGGUAGCUUCACAUGAAAACAAUGAAUACUUUGAUGCUUUAGAAUAAAAGUAUGCUACACGCGCAUGCAACCUUUAGUCAUUAACAAAUAAAAAGAAAAAUCAUUUCCUUUUGAUCUACAUGCUAAACGUACACAGAGCCGUGCCUAUAUAUGGUGUUGAGAAAGAGGCAAUGACCUCAGCCCCACUCUCACAUAGUAACUUUAGGGCCCCAUCUUUUUGUUUAAUUGGUUAAAAUUUUGCAUUUUAGUAAAUUGUAUAUUACAUGGUAAACAUUUUUACAUAUUUAUUUGAACUAAUUUUUUUUUUUUUUUUAUGUUACUUUAAUGGGCUUUAUUAUCUAUCAUUAGCUUUUUCAUCUUUUUGUUGCUAAAUAUUUUUGUAAACUCAUUUGAUAUUUACAUAUUCUGAAUAUAAUUUUAUACAUUUUUGCUAUAUAUUUUUUUUUAGUUUUUAACAUAAAUAUUUAAUAUCAUUUUAUAUUUUAUAGUGGAAUUAGCAUUAAUGAUAAAGAUCACACAAUAUUACAUAUACAAUUUUAAUAUGGUCUUUGUUUUUUUAUGUAAUAUAUAGUUCUCUUCAUAAAUAUUUUACAUGAAAUAUUAAAUAUAUUUUUACUACAAUAUUAAUUAUCCUUGCAAAUUAUCAUAAAAACUAUAUUCACCCAUAUCGCCUUAGGCCCCUUAAACACUAGGCACGGCACUGAACGUACACAUGUGACAUGUGAUUCGGAUUUUCAUAUUAUUGUAGAAAGCUGUUUCUUAUAAUAAAAUAAUAUUGUAAAACUAAUCAUUUGAAAAGACAUCAAUUAAAUUGAGAUCUAAUACAAAACAAAACUAUGUCGAGCUAAUAACUGAAAUCUAGAUUUACUUUGUGGUUGAGUAUAAUUAGAAUAGCAGAAAAAAAAACACUUGAAGAGUAAUUUUAUGGAGGACGAAAACCAUGUGCAAAGAAAACAUUUACAAGCUGAUUCCUUUUUUAAUUUGCGGGGAAAGGACAAUAUCACAACAACAACAACAAAGAAAAGUAUAUUUGUCGUGUCUGAAGUUAAGGAUCACCAUUGAGAAAUUAUAUAUAGUAGAGAAUUGUUCAAAGCUUUAAUUAUGUAUACCAAAUCAUUCAAACAAUUCAGCAUUUUUCUUAGAUAAAACCAAAAUAUUGUAAAUAGAGACUGAAAAUGGAUAUCGUUGGUGAAUUUCAUCUAAUAGAAAAUGAUGGUAAAUCAUUUCUGGAAUAUCACCAUUCAAAAUACCAUCCUAUACCGCAAAUUCAAAGCCCACCCUCCUCAGAUAAUAAAUUCAUCAACAACCAUUUUCUUCAGUCUCUUUUCUUAUGUCCUAAAGAACGAUGGCGUGAUGCAUUUAGAGUCCGCACUCAGCAUUACACCUUUCAUCCGAUCAUUUCUUCGCCGGAGUGUUGUUAUACCUACCAUUCAGUACACCCUUUGUUUUGGUGCAACAAUAAAGAGUUUGAAAAAGAUGGUGGGUGUGACAUAUGCAACGGUGUAGAUUUUGGCACAGACUAUUAUCUAUGUGUUUACUGUGAUGAAAAGUAUCACAGAGAAUGCGUUCAGUCUCCACUUAAAAUAAAAUCCCCUUAUCACCCUCAGCAUUCUCUCCAACUUUACUAUCGUAGGUAUAUUCCCCCCAUCAUCAAAUGUUUAUGUUGUGAAAGAAUAGCAAGUGGUUUACUUUAUUAUUGUGACAUAUGUGAAGUUUUCAUGCAUCCUGUUUGUGCAAUGAGACCAAUACCCUUUGUUAUAGACCAACCAAAAAGACAUGACCAUCCUCUCACCUUUUUCCCCAGACAAGCUUCUUUAACUUGCAACGUUUGUGGCUUGUUGAGAAAAAAUUAUUUCACCUACAUAUGUGUCAAAUGCAACUUUGUAGCUCAUAAAGAUUGUAUGUAUUUUCCACGCAUCAUCAAAAUAUCCCGUCACCGCCAUCGUAUCUCCUACACUACUUCUCUCCAGUCCGGGGAAUGGUUUUGUGGAGUUUGUCGCCAAAGUAUUGAGACCAGUUACGGUGCAUAUACUUGUGAUAAGUGUUGUGAUUAUUUUGUUCAUUCAAUAUGUGCUCUAGGAAAAGAUAUGUGGGACGGGAAAGAUCUCGAAGGUGUACCAGAAGAAGAUGAUAUAACAGAAGACGUUGUACCAUUCAUUAUGAUAUCUAAAGGAGUGAUACUUCAUUUUCUUCAUGACCAUCAUCUCUACCUCCAAGUCAGCAUGCUUUAUGACGAAAAUAAGUUUUGUCAAGCGUGUGUUCUGCCUAUAUUUGAAGGUGAUUUCUAUUCUUGUAUUGAGUGUGAUUUCAUCCUCCAUGAAACAUGCGCAAAAUAUGGCCGCAAACUACAACAUGCGUUGCAUCCUCAUCCUCUUACAUUGAAGCUUGUGAGUCCAUAUGAAUCUGGUUGCUACGGUUGCGAUGCUUGUGGUCGUGUAUGCGGUGGAUUUAAUUACGGGUGUCAUUUAAAGGAAUGCAACUUCGAUUUGGAUAUACGUUGUGCUUCAAUAUCUGAACCAUUUGAUUACCAAGGUCAUGAGCAUCCCUUGUAUCUAGCUUUGAACCCAGAAGAAAAGCCCAUAUGUCACAUAUGCAAGAUAAAAUGUAAGAAGCAACUAAACUGCAUCAUAUGCGAUUAUAUUAUAUGCCUUAAAUGCACGACCUUGCCGUCCAAAGUAAGGUAUAAGCAUGACAAACACUUUCUCAGAGUUUUGUGCGGGGAAGAAGUAUGUGAGAAAAGUUGGUGCGAGGUGUGCGAACAUGAUUUGAGAGAUACAAACGUGAUCUAUUGGUGUGAUGAAUGUUGCAUCACUGUUCAUAUUGACUGUUUAUUUGGUAAGGAUCCAUAUCUGAAGCAUGGUCAUUUUUAUAAAUUAUAUGGGUACAAGCACCAAACUUUUUGCAAAAGCAAUACUUCUCGACCAUUGUGCAACUACUGCAGAAAACGUUGUCAGAAUAAAAUAUUUAUGAGAGAUAAUAUCAUGCUAUGUUCUGUGAGAUGUGUUUAUUAUUACUACAAGAAAAAUUGUAUUUUUUUUUGAACUGAAGAAAAAUUGUAUUUAGCUACAAAUUAGCCACUAAUUUUUUUUGUGGCUGUUUUCAAACCACAAAUAGCUAUAAAAUAGCCACAACUUCUUAAAAUAUGUAACUUAUAGCUAUUUUGUAGAUUUACGUAGCUAAAUAGCUACAAGUUUAAUGUUGUGGCUAUUUGAAAAAAAUUAACCGCGAUUAGCCACAAACUAAAGUGUAGCAAAUUAUAUCCAUAAUUAGCUACAAAAUAAGAAGUAGAAACAUAUAGUAACUACAAAAUUUGUGGCUAUUCAAAGAAAAUUUAAUCCCUAAACAUACUAUAAACCCUAAAUAUUCAAUUUUCAAUUAUAAAAUGUAAAUCUUAAAUUCUAUAUUUAAUAAAAAACAAUAAUAACAUUUUAAAAAAGUCCAACACUUGUAAUAAACUCAAAUAUAAUAACUUUUUUCAUCAAACUCUAAACCUUAAACAUAUCUCAAACUCCAAGUAUAUUCUAACCCUAAACAUUUAAUCUUUAAUAAACAAACUUUUGAAAUUUAAACAAACAAUUCAUCUAAGAUUAAUGUCUAAAAAAAAACCAAACAUAUAUAACAAAAUUUUAAAAGUUUCAAAUAUAAUCAUUUUAUGUACCUUAAACUAUUAACCCUAAAUAUAUAUAUAUAUGUAUCUAAUAUCAAAUACGUAUCUCAUUUUUAUAAAUAAAUAUGAUAUUUAGUAAAUCAUAAAUAUUUAAGCUUAUAACUUAAAUCUAAAACUCUAAAUUAUAAAAUAUAAUUGUUAAUUAUUUUUAAAAUAUAUUGUUUUAACCCUAAUUUCUGACCUUAUACAUAUCCCCCUAAACUCUUAUCUUCAAACCAAAUCAAAAUUCCAAAACACAAUUCAUAAAAUCGAUAUUUUUAUAUGAAUCAAUUUUAGUUACUAAAUAAAACUAUUGACUUUUUUUUGUGUCGGCACACUAUAGACAAAAUUAAGAUAUAACCAAUUAUCAUAUAUAUUCAAAAGAAAAAGGUUAAAAUACCAUCUUAUUUCUAAUUGGGCAGUACAUCAAAGGUGCGGAUUACAGUCUGGACCAUUGAUUAAAUUCAAUCUAAUGGUUCAGAUUGCUUCAUUUCUUUCCCCUUCUUUCUGUUUUUUUUUUCUCCGUGUUAUCAUUCUCUAUCUUUCAUUCUUUCUUAUCUCCUUCUUCCUCUUGUAUCAAUAUUGUCUUCUUCCUCAAUACCAACAUCAUCAUACAAGACAUGAGUCGAUGAUGAUGUGCUUAAUCUCUUAUCUUUUUUUUUUUACUAUCAUUAGUCUCUUGCUUGCCCAUUAAUAACCUUCUUCCUCCCCUUUCUCAUCCGUCGCUCGGUUAGUACCUCCUUAAAUGGAUUUACUGCGUUAGUCACCGGAUCUGGUUCGUCGAACUCAUGUCUCCUCAGUGAUUACACCUCGGUCUCCAGAUCUCCUCUGCUCAAGCCCCAAAAUCUAGCCGCUCUCAGCUUCAGUCUCAAGUCGCAUCUUCUUCAUACCGGUCAACUCGUCACCGUAAUCUCAGCUUUAGUCUCAAUUCAAACCUCCUUCAACGGCUUCACUCAGUCUCCGGAGUUGGUUUCAUCGGAACUCACCGGAAUCUGUAGAUAUCCUCCGCUCAAGCCUCGUAUUCUCGCCGCUCUCAACUUCAGUCUGAAGUCGCUUCUUCAUCACCGGUAAAGCUUGUGAUAGCCAAGAACGACGGGUUUAAGCAACACGACCAGCCUUCAGCUCCAACCAUAGGUUUGGUCAUGACGGCGCAAGACUAUACAAGACAUAAGUCUAGGUUAAUUUCAUUAGGUUUAGGUUUAAGUUUCUAAACCAGUUUAUAUGUGUAAACCAAAUGUGUAAACCAUUUUUUUAAACCAAUUUUAAUUUCUAAACCAGAUUAUUAUUUGUAAACCAUAAUAAAAAUACUGAUGUAAAUAAAAUAAUUUGUUUGUCGAUU